AUGGCCGCCUUAUUUCAAGAAUCUCAACAAAGAGUACAGCAACUACUCAAGGAAAACCUACCACUUGCUCCUUCGCAAAUUGCUCUGGCAGUCGAAUUGCCCGGUUCUAAACAAGAUGGAUACUCGCCAGUAUAUCGUAACCAAUAUUGUCCAGAGAGGUUGGUUGAGAAUUUACAUCCGUCUUUAGACACUUUGUAUUCCUUGUUUGAAUCUAGCUUAUUACUAAAUGGUGAUAAACCGGCUUUUGGAGUUCGUGAAAAGAUUAUUAACCCCGAGGAUGGAACAGUGACAUUUGGUAAGUACCAAUGGCAAGAUUAUAAUACGAUAAGGCAAAGAAGAAAUAACUUAGCUUCGGGUAUUUUCUUUAUCUUGAACAAUAAUCCAUACAAAACCGAUUCGUUGGUUCACCAAAGUAUGCAAUAUAAUUGUUUAAGGAAACCUCAGGAUGAGUCAUUUGUGUUGACUAUAUUUAGCCACAAUCGUCCAGAGUGGGCCUUGUGCGACUUGGCUUCUAUUGCAUACUCGAUAACAAAUACUGCAUUAUAUGACACUUUGGGGCCAAAUACAAGUAAAUAUAUCUUGAGCUUAACUGAAUCGCCCAUAGUAGUUUGUUCCAAAGAGAAGAUCAAGUUAUUAAUUGAGUUGAAAAGAGAUAAUCGUGAGGAAUUGGCUAACUUAAUAACCAUUGUAUCAAUGGAUGAUUUGGAUUUAACCGGUAAGGAUAUGGAGUUACAAUUGUUUGCUGAUGAGCAAAACAUCACUUUAUUUGACUUUCAGCAUGUUGAAAAAUUAGGCACAGUUGCUCCACUUCAACCAAUUCCUCCAGCACCAGACACGAGAUUCACAAUCUCAUUCACGUCAGGUACUACAGGUGCUAAUCCAAAGGGAGUAGUAAUAACAAACAAAAAUGCAGUUGCCGGUUUAGUUUUCCGAUAUAUUAGAAGUUACAAGCCAAAUGAAAGACAAGUUUUGUACUCCUUUUUGCCAUUAGCUCAUGUUUAUGAAAGAGCAAACAUUCAAGGAUCAUUAAGUAUGGGUGCAGCAAUUGGGUUCCCUCAGGGUAAACUGCCCCUUGCACUCUUUGAUGAUGUGCGUGAAUUGCAACCUACUAUGUUAUCCUUAGUUCCUCGUGUUUUGACAAAAUUAGAAGCUGCAAUUAAGGCACAAACUAUCAAUAAUCUGGCUAAACCAUGGGUUCAAUACGUCUUCACCAAAGCUAUCAAUGAGAAACUAAGGUUACAAGCUAUCCCAAAUAGCGACGAUUCAAAUACCUCGCAUCUUGUAUAUGAUCGAUUGUUAAAUGCUUUGCGUCAUAAAGUUGGACUUGGAAGUGUUAGUGGCUUCACUGUUGGUUCGUCACCUAUAAAUUCCGACACGAUCAAAUUUGUUAAGGCGGCAUUAAAUGUUGGCAUCAGUAAUGGCUAUGGAUCUACAGAAACGUUUGCUGGAUUUGUUGGUAGCUUCAAAUUUGACCAUGAUCCGGGGUCCAUUGGGACUAUUGGUAUUACUACUGAAUGUAGAUUAAAGGACUUACCAGAGAUGGGGUAUACUUCAGCAAACCCGAAUGGACCAAAAGGCGAGUUGCUUUUGAGAGGGCCCCAAAUAUUUAAAGAGUAUUACAAGAACCCAGAAGCCACUCUGGAAGCGUUUGAUGAGGAUGGCUGGUUCCUCACCGGUGAUGUAGCAAGAAUCGACCCUGCUAAUCGAAAUAGGAUUUUCAUUAUUGAUAGAGUAAAGAAUUUUUUCAAAUUAGCCCAAGGUGAAUAUGUUACACCUGAAAAGAUUGAGAAUAUAUAUCUAUCAGCCUUCCCAUAUAUUCAACAAAUUUUUGUUCAUGGCAACUCCUUUGAAUCGUAUCUCGUUGGUGUGAUUGGGUUAGAUCCCCUUACAAUUGGAGGAUAUAUCAAAUCAAGAUUUCAUGAUGAGAUCACCGAUAAGGAAGAUAUAAUAUUGUUUUUCAGCGAACCAAAGAAUAAGCGAAUUUUUUUACAAGAUUUAAAUAAUUCAACAAAGGGCAAUUUACAAGGAUUUGAAAAAUUGCAUAACGUGGAAAUUUUGUUUGAGCCAUUGACUGUGGGAAGCGGUGUGAUCACUCCAACUUUAAAAAUUCGUAGACCUAUUUGCACGAAAUUCUUUGAGGAUACUUUGAAUAAAUUGUAUGCUGAAGGAUCAAUACUAAGAAUGGAGAAACUAUAG